AUGUUCAGAUGGGAUAUCAAUGACCAUACACAAUGCGACAUAGCCCAUGAUAUGAUUUGGAUGACGUCGAUCUACCAAGAAAGUAAUUGGAAGCGUUAUGUCACUUUCAUGCGUCUUAUCACUAUCAGCAUCAUCAGCAAGUUCCGAGGGGACCUGGUGGACGUGGUUAACAAUCCCCGAGCCAUAGUUCUUGAAUUCAAGUCUUUCCUUCUAGUCACAUCCGAGAAGACAAGCCACAGGCGCUCUAACCGUAAGAUAUUCCGUCGGUACAUGAACGCCCUCGUCAGCUCACCACAACAAUGGUUUCGGAUGCAGGAUUAUAACACCUUAGCCCGCUUCACGAUUACUGCAGGUCUCGCCUACACGCAGUAUAACAUUCUAUGCAAGAUAGGAGCUACCAUGUAUGACGCGGUAACCUUUUUCAAGCAUCAGUCAGAAGGCGAGACAAACAGCACAUUUACCUACAUGCCGGAGGAUAAGCGCAUCAAUACUUUUCACGGAGUGCGUCAAGUCCUAUGGGCAUUAAAAGUAGCAAUGGCAGACAUGCCCGGGCAUGCAAUCGUCACCAACUUCCUCCGCAACGUUGGUGGGCCAAUUCUCAUGACGAUGCGGCGAUAUCGGUUUGUCGAAGAGGGGCUCACCAUUGGUAAGACGGAGUCUGGGGAUAUCAUCAACGAAACUUGGCAGAACUUCAAGCUUUGGAAUCGCUUGGACGUGGGCUCAGCCACGUCCCUCGAUUUUAAGCACUAUCAUAUUCUUCUUUCCCGGCGUGAUGAUCUCAUGUUCCCGGGUUUGGCGGAAUGGCUGGAAGCCGACAGUCAACAUUGUACCCAGUGUGUAUACCGCAAGGUAUAUGGUGCACAGAGGGCCCAUUGCUUCGGCGGCGUGGAACUCUGCAGCGAGUGUCGUGAUGCGUGGCGCGAGUACCUCAAGACGCUGCCCGAACGCACGAAGCAAGCAUUUCCGGAUCUUGACCUGGAGAUAUGA